AUGUCAUCGUUCUCUCUCUCGUCAUCUUCGCCAUUCUUCCUCCCAUUUUCUUCCAUUUUCGCCUCCGACGCUUCCACCAGAUUCAACUCAUCAAGUGCCGUUGGCUCAACGAUCCUCCUCUUGUAUGCGCUCACGGUGGCGAUUCGUCCAAGGCUCCUCCCAACACCAUGGGGUCGUAUUUCCACGCUAUUCAGUCUCGCGCGGAUUGCAUUGAGAUCGACGUUUCUCGUUCUGCAGAUGGAGUUCUGUUUGCUCUUCACGACAGGCAGGGAUUUGCAGCGGUUAACUGGAAAUACUAGUUUAAAAGUUGGUUACAUGAGCUCAAAAGAGAUAAGAGAGCUUAGUCCUUCUCAUAUGUCUAGCUCAAAGUUUACUGAUGAAACUGUACUCACAAUCCAAGAUGCUCUGAAGUUGACUGUAGAUUCAGUUCGUCAGAUAAUUCUAGAUGUUAAAGUUGGACCUCCAUUGUUUGAGAAAGAGCUUGCCAAAGAUGUUCUCUCUGUUGUGGAGAAGACAGAGUGCUUCAACUGCGUCAUAUGGGCUAAAAGUGACAAUAUAGCAAGGGAUGUAAUUAAACUCUCGUCAGAAAUUACUGUUGGCUACAUUGUAAUGAGAGAACAUUCUACUGGAGCUAAGACAAACUUGUUGAGAAUGAAAGGAGCGGAGGUUGUUGGUGUCUAUCAUCCCUUGAUUAAUGAAAAGCUUAUGACAGUUUUGCGCAGGAGGAACAAAAAGGUGUAUGCCUGGACAGUUGAUGAUGUAGAAUCCAUGCGAAAGAUGUUGUUUGAACAUGUUGAUGCUAUUGUUACGAGCAACCCAACUUCUCUUCAACGCCUAAUGGAAGAUAUCAAGAUACAAUGUCUUGAAGAGGGUUAUUCAUUACCACGCUAA